AUGCUGGCACAAGCCACUCCUUCAGCACUUGAAGUGUCGAUACGGAAUGGUCAACCACCACCAAAGAAACUAUCCACAUUCGAACUAGCAUUAUGUGGAGCGACCGCAGGAGUCGUGUCUCGCUUUGCCAUAGCGCCCUUGGACGUCGUGAAGAUUAGAUUUCAACUUCAGACGGAUCGAGUCGAGCCCCUGUCUGGUCUGAGAGACCUCAUGAGAACAAACAGUCUUGCUGAUAGUGGUGCUGGAUCCCGAAAGUAUAGAGGCAUGGUGCAUGCGUUUAGAACUAUCUUGAGAGAUGAGGGUAUACAUGGAUUGUGGAAGGGAAAUAUGUCGGCCGAGUACCUAUAUUUGACGUACGGUGCCGUCCAGUUCUCUACAUACGCCGAACUCGAACGCCAAGUCAAUCAUCUGGAUUGGAGACUAGGAGGAGACGUGAUACCGUUACCAGUCCGGACGUUUAUCUGUGGAGCAUUGGCUGGUAGUCUAGCUACUAUCGUGACAUACCCAUUCGACUUGCUCAGGACACGGUUUGCAGUGCAGGGAGAACAAAAGCUGUAUCGCAGCGUACCAGGUGCUAUUCGUCACAUAUUAGCUCGUGAAGGCAUAAGUGGGUUUUAUAGAGGAGUCUGGCCUUCAGCGCUAUCCAUUAUGCCAUAUAUGGGUAUAAUGUUUGAAUCACAUCGUUGGUUCAAAACUGCUUUUGAGCCUCUCAAUGACAUCCAUCAAUUGCACGGCAUAAGCGAAGUAAUGGCAGGUUUCUGUGCCGGAGUCGUCAGCAAAGCAGCCGUAAUGCCAUUCGAUGUCGUGCGGAAACGACUUCAAGUACAAGGACCCGAUAGACACAACUAUAUGAUGUCCAACCUUCCGAAAUACCCACCUACAUGGAUUGGUUGUGCACGCGUUAUCGCAUCUCAGGAAGGUAUAUUAGGGUUGUAUAAAGGACUCACUCCUGCGAUUGUUAAAGCUGGGCCAUCGGCGGCUGUGACUUUUUUUAUAUUUGGAGCUUGUAAAUCGUGGUUGGAGGCGAGACAUGAUGCGGUAGCCACUGCAUAG